AAUGCCUCUGAUUCCCACUGUCAGUCGCCUGAACCWUCCAGUUGUCCUGCGUGAAGAUCAGCUCAGCAGUACCCAUGACUGAUGUUCAAGAUCUUCCCAGUGAGAAAAAAAAAUGAAUAUGUGCAAAUGACAUGUCCAGAACCACUACGGAAGGCAGCAGAGCCAGAGUCUUUGAGCUGCAGCAACUCGUUCCAGAAGGACAAGCAGAUCCUCUCAGACUGGAGAAGAGUCCAUGAGGCAGAAACAAAACCUGAAAGUACUUGUAACAGCAAUAAUGAUCAUAAUAUGUGGUGUUCCCUGGGAAUUCAUUGCCGCUUUGGUUCCCUACAGUAAGAUGCAAAGCAGCCUCAUUUUAUUGUGACCAUCAGACCUGAACAGCAGCUUGGUCAUCAGAAGGAAUCUUGUUGGUCUGCUUCAUUGACUGGCCCGAGAAACAAGGGUCUGAGUCCGGAUGAAACCUUCAAGUGUCCUGGGUGGUUUCUGCUGUUGCUGCCCCUCCCUAAAGGCACUACCACAAAGGGCUUCCCUGUGAAUUGCAGAACCCUGAGCCUCCGAGUUAUUGAACAGCGAUGCCAGCUUGCAGAAAAAGUUCGUUAACUUCAUCCUGCCACAGCAGAGGCUCCCCAGAGCUGUAGUUACCCUGGAGCUCGGCUGCCGUUCAGAAACGGAUUUACCCACAUUAUUGACUGUGCCAAAACGUUUAGUGCCCGGGCUGUCCUGAGGAUGCAGCAGGAUUCCAAAAAAAGCUGCCCUGAGCAAUCAUGUUGUCCUGUUCGUUCUACCUGGUUGCAGCAGUAGCUGCUUUGCUCGGGUCUUGCCGUGCAGAGGAGAAGUGCGCCGGGAUACCUGGGCUGCCUGGUGCUCCCGGAGCCAACGGGCUGCCUGGAMGGGAUGGCAGGGACGGUCUGCGAGGAGAACCAGGGCCACCAGGUCCCAUAGGACCCUCUGGAGGUGCAAUGGGGCCUCCUGGAAGAGAUGGACUUCCUGGACCUCAAGGUCUCAAGGGAGAGCGAGGAGAGAAAGGAGAAAAAGGAGACACUGGACCACCAGGUCUACCUGCUUCUCUAGACACUGAAUUGGGAAAUGUUUUAGCAAGUUUAAAACAUCGAAUUGCCAGACUGGAAAGUGUGCUUGCUUUGAAUGCAAAAAUAACAAAAGUAGGAGAUAAAAUACUUGCCAGCAAUGGGAAGGAAGUUAAUUUUGCAUCUGCACUAAAAUCCUGUGAAGAGGCUGGAGGAACUCUUGCAACUCCCAUGAAUGAGGAGGAGAAUAAUGCUAUUUUGGGUAUCGUGAAGCAGUAUAACAGAUAUGCUUACUUAGGCAUUAGAGAGACGGAGGCUUUUGGUCAGUUCAGCUCUAUGACUGGCAUACCUGUGAAUUACACCAAGUGGCACCGGUAUGAGCCAAAUGGCAAAGGGAAAGAAAAAUGUGUGGAGAUGUACAUGGAUGGAAGCUGGAAUGACAAAACUUGCAACCUGUAUCGCCUCACAGUCUCUGCACCUCCUCCCAAGUGCUCAGGUUCUCCCCACCAUAACAGCAAAGGUCCAACUUCUGCAGUUGACCUUUACCAUAGCUCAUAUGGUCCCCAGUUGUUUCUGUUUUCAGAUUYCUCAUCGCUUGCUGAUAAUGAAAAGGAGGAUGUCAUCCUUCAAUUAGACCAUCGCAUUUCCAGACUUGAAGGAGCCCUCCGUUUAGAAGAGAAGAUAACCGCCUCUGGAGGAAAAAUAUUUGCUGCCAAUGGGAAAAAAGCCGACUUCUAUACCGCAGUGCAAGAAUGCAGCCAGGCUGGGGGGACCAUCGCCAUCCCGAGGAGCGAGGGCGAGAACGCUGCCGUGCGGCGCYUGGUGCAGCGCUAUAACACGUACGCCUACCUGGGCAUCAAGGAGACCCUAAUUCCAGGCAAGUUCCGCUCCCUCGGYGGGGCAGAGCUCAAUUACACACACUGGCACGCGAGGGAACCUUCUGGCAAAGGGGAAGAGGAGUGUGUGGAGAUGUACACGGAUGGCACUUGGAAUGACAAGAAGUGCAACCAGAAUCGCCUUGUUGUGUGCCAGUUCUAG